AUGGGUAAAUAUCCAAGAGCCCAAGAUAAAUAUCAAUGGCGUUGUCGUUCGAAGGGUUGUAAAUUAACUCGAUCUAUUCGUGACGGCACGUUCUUUUCCAAUUCAAAGUUAACAAUACAGCAGAUACUGGAUUCAAUUUAUUAUUGUUCACAAGGUGAUGAUACCCAUGAACAUCUUCGUCGUCAUUGUAAUUUCUCGAGUGAGUACCCGGCCGAAAUUGGUGGUGUCGGACAUGUGGUGGAAAUCGAUGAAAGCGCGUGGACGAAACGGAAAUACAAUCUUGGGCGGGUGGUACAAAACCAGUGGAUAUUUGGUGGGAUUGAUAAAGACACCAGGGAAUGUUUUGCCGUCACUGUAGAUCGUCGUGAUGCUGAUGCUUGCUUUAAAAUAUCCGAUCGAUUAUGUGAAUACAUUGAUGACGGUGUUUAUAAACUGAUUUUACAUGAAUUUGGCAAACAUCAGUUUACGGGAUGUUUCCAUAUAUUCAAAAAAGCGGCUAUUCAAGCUUUACCAGAUGAAAAAUUACGUAAAUCAUUUCAACAACUAUUUGUACUCGGUUUAUUCGAUCUAUUUGUCAAUUAUCGUCAAGCAAAACAUUAUCUCGAAGUAAGAUUUCUGUUUAUUGCUAAAAAAUGUUAAAUUAAGUCGCUAUUCUUAUGUAGGAUCUUGUACAUGUGAUGUUGUAACAUCAAAAUGUGAAUUUUAAAAGCUGUUCUGAUACGUCAAGACUGUCUUAUUCUUGAGCCGUUCUUAUGAUAAUGAGAAAUGAAUCUGUGAGUACAAAGCUUUUCUUAAUGAGCCAUGCUUGUAGCCCACGCAUUUCUGAUUAAAAUGAGACCUCUCCAACUCUACAUGACCCUUCUUUGCAAAGUUAUAGAAUUUGCAAGAAAAGCCCUAAAUAUUUAUUGUCAAAGCUACAGAAAUAACAAGCAGUUAUUUUAGGGCUUUUCUUCCAAAUUCUAUAACUUUGCAAAGAAAGGUCAUGUAGCGUUGGGAGAGGCCUCAUUUUAAUCAGAAAUGCGUGGGCUACAAGCAUGGCUCAUUAAGGGCCCCCCUCAGAAAUGGUGAUUUUCGGUCAAAAAAUCGGUUUUGAGAUACGCACAUGAAAAGAUAGCCUGAAGUGUCUACUUCCAGAAUCUGUAUGGCUUUUGGUUACAAAAGUGUUUUUUCCGGGAUUUUGAGCAAGUUUUCUAAGAGCCUCGAAAAAAUGGGUCUUCAAAUAAUGGUUUUUUCCUGGAUACUUAUGCAAUUAAAAUUUUUCU